AUGCUGCACUUUCUGACGGGUGUGUACAACAGCCUAUUUAGCACCCCGGAGUACAAUGUGCUGAUUGUCGGCCGCGAGAGCGCUGGCAAGUCUACCCUGCUGGAGCAGCUCAAGUUCCUCUACACUCCAGCCACGCAGCAGCGCGAGGCGGAGGCAAUAUCUCACCUGAACAGUCAGCAGCAGCAGCAGGCGCCCUUGUCGGCAGACCGCUCCAGCAGCAACGGAGAUGCGAAGGCGAUCCACGAAAGAGUAAACACCGUGGCGGACUCAUCCACAACAUCUGCACAGCAGCACCAGCAGCGUAAACAGUUAUUGCCGCCUGGCACUCUACUUCCCGCCACGGCAGUCCACCUGGCGCAGAAGGAUAUUCGUCCAACCGUGGGGCUCAACUACGCUGUGGUGCAGCACAGCUUUAGUCCCCUCGUCGUGACUGUUACACUGAAGAAGCCCCAGUUGUCAUCGCAGACUGUUGCCUCCCUGCCGUUGCCGCCGAAGGAUCUGCUGGCCGAGCAACGCGCCCACCAGCAGGCUGUGAUGGCGAAGGCCCCGAGUGAUGCCUUCACACGUGUGGUGCUGCGGGACCUCGGUGGCCAAACUGCGUUGCGCGACCUCUGGGAGAAGUACUACGCGCAGAGUCAAGGAAUCGUGUACGUUAUUGACAGCACACUUCCCUUCCGCGUCCUGCGUGAGUCGCCGGCAUCGCCGCUGCGUGAUCACUUCACCCAACACGAGUUAAAGGAGGUGUACAAGCAGGACCGUGAGCUACUCGCGCGACUCCUGCAGCACCCCCUGCUGCACAACGUCCCGAUGCUGCUGCUGAGCAACAAGACAGACGAGGUGUCCCACAUAUCGCUCGCAACCUUGCAGGAAGCGCUCCAGCUGGUCGAGUUAGCGGCCAAUCCCACUUUCUAUGUACUGCAGAAUAGCGGCGAUGGCGGCAAUCCCAGCGGGGUACUUGGGAGUCAACAAAGGCUACAUGGCAGCAGCAGCGGUGAUAGCACUCCUUUAUCACACCUUUCUGAUGCCGCUGCACCGCCUGUAGGUACGUCACCUUCACGUUACUGCACCCGCUCAGAGGAGGCGCAGCUCCGAGUGGGACGGAGCGGCUUCGGUAAAAUCACCAUGCGAGUGGUGGAGGUGAGUGCGCUUGAUGGAGUGGGGGUGGCGGGGGCCAUGGACUGGCUGGUAGCCCAGCUGCUGCACCGCGCACGAGAUGUGGAUGACGAUGCCUAA